AUGGUCAACAUUAAAGCCGUCUCUCUCUUUCUUCUGCCGCUGCUGGCCUACGCUGCACCUGUUCUCACUACAGAUGAGAAUGGACUGCAAGUCUCUUCUUCAUCUGUUGAUAAAGUUCAACCAAUAUAUGUCCGCGAUGAGUCGUUUGACAUUGAUCUUGAACAAGUCUUUGACUCUCAGAAGCGCGAUUCUCUCUCUGAUGACAUUUACAACGACAUCCAGGAGCGCAAAUUAAAGAAGCCCAAGCCUGCCGUCAUUGCUCCCAGCAAACCCGCCCCCAAAGAACCUGGUGUCAAGGUCAAGCCGCUAAAGGCUCUCCCGAAGCCUAAUGACAUUCCUAAGCCCAAGAAGUCGGAUGAGCUAUUGGUGCAUCACCCUUCGCCAGCUGAUGUUUUAGGAAAGGGUAAACAUCACAAGCGGGAUGACCUUGAAAACGACAUGGAUUUUGAGAAGCGAGAUCUGAACGAAUUCGAGGCAGAGGAAGACGAGGAGUUUGAGAAGCGAGAUGCCGAUGACUUUGAGGAGGACGAGGGCGAGGAAUUUGAGAGGCGCGAUGUUGACUCUGGUAUUGAUAUGGAUGACGAGGAAGAGGCGGAAUUUAACAAGCGCGAGGAGUUUGAAGAGUUUGACUAG